AUGGCGCGCUGGUGGUUAAUCGUCGCCGCGCUGUGGAUCACGCUGGCCGGCUGCGAGUACCAGCAUGAGGGGGGCCGCGAGCGGAGGCCCUCCGAGAAGGAGCGCUCGCGCUCCGCCUCAGCGGGGCGGGAGCGCGGCUCCUUCCAGCGGCUCUCGAGCCUCAUGAACCGCACAGAGGCCCGCCGCGACAGCAGGCGCCGCGGCGACGGCAACCUGAACAAGCUGCUGCAAAUGAACCGCAAGCAGAAGGCGCGUCCGGACGACAUGAUGAACGACAACGAGGGCGCGAUCGCGAUCAACCCGCGCACCGCCGAGAACGACACCAACUCCCUAACGGAGAAGAUGAAGGAACUGCGAGUGGAGGGGCCCACUUACGAGGCGGUGAACAAGGAGAAGUACGUGCCGCAGGUGAAAGGCGUGUUCUGCAACUUCGAGGGCUACAACGAGUCGCGCGUGGACAUGUGCACGUGGCAGUGGAACGCCACGGUGUCCAGCCACGGGCUCGGUUUCAGCGUGGCCACCGCGGCGGACGUGGUGCGGAUGAACGAGAGCACCAGGGGCCUCAAGUUCUCCGGGCCGGGCGCCGACGCAGACGGCAACGUUGCGGGUCAUUUCCUGUACCUUCCAGUGGACCCUACGAUGGAGAAUAUGGUUAUAAAAUCGCCCCCGUUCCGGGGCCUCUCAGAAUUUUGCAAGUUUGAGGCGAAACUACAUCAGAGCAAGAUGCAAAACGCCAGUAUCAGGCUGAUCUCGGAAUCCACAUUGUCGGAGGUGCAGUGGAUCCUGCAAGAGGUCGCCGGCAAUAAUUACGAAACCUGGCACCCGCUGCGCUUCGUGAUCGGCAAGAUGCAGCAAGAGGUGCGCAUCAUCGUGGAGGUGACCAGGCCGAACUUCGUGAGCCUGGGCCGCAGCUUGCCGCACAUCGCCAUCGACAACGUCAGGAUGGUGGAGUGCCUGCCCGAGCCGCCGGUCUUCAACGGCGAGUGCCAGCACCGCCAGCUCAAAUGCACGAUCAUGAACAAGGAUUCCUGCAUCAAGCGGCAACAGGUCUGCGACCUGGUCAAAGACUGUGACGACGGCAACGAUGAGUACCAGAACUGCGACAAAAUGCCGUUCGGCUCGUAUUGCAACUUCGAGGCAGGCGCUUGCGGAUUCGUCAAUAUACCGCAGCCCAUCCUGAAGUGGUCGCGGCACAGCGGCCCCACGCCGACGGACAAGACGGGCCCCAACUACGACCACACGUGCGGCCCCCCCGACCCGUACGCGGCCACGCCCCCGCUGGCGCCCGCGCGCAGCCCGCCCUGCGCCGGCUACUACUUCUUCGUCAACAUGAACGUCACCGGCCCCAACAAGGAGCGCGCCGACUUCGCCUCCACGGCCGUCAUGCGCACCGUGCUCUUCAACCCGCCGCCCAGGGUGCACGGCGACGCCGCCUCCAAGUACUACAACUGCUGCAUGGUGAGUGGCAACCCUAGCGGGGGGGCGGUUGGGCUGCUGAACGGCGAGUGGGAACUUGGGGCGGGGCUCAAGAUAGACGGCGACGCCGCCUCCAAGUACUACAACUGCUGCAUGGUGAGUGGCAACCCUAGCGGGGGGGCGGUUGGGCUGCUGUACGGCGAGUGGGAACUUGGGGCGGGGCUCAAAAUACACGGCGACGCCGCCUCCAAGUACUACAACUGCUGCAUGGUGAGUGGCAACCCUAGCGGGGGGGCGGUUGGGCUGCUGAACGGCGAGUGGGAACUUGGGGCGGGGCCCAAGAUACACGGCGACGCCGCCUCCAAGUACUACAACUGCUGCAUGGUGAGUGGCAACCCUAGCGGGGGGGCGGUUGGGCUGCUGUACGGCGAGUGGGAACUUGGGGCGGGGCUCAAGAUAGACGGCGACGCCGCCUCCAAGUACUACAACUGCUGCAUGGUGAGUGGCAACCCUAGCGGGGGGGCGGUUGGGCUGCUGAACGGCGAGUGGGAACUUGGGGCGGGGCCCAAGAUACACGGCGACGCCGCCUCCAAG